GCGGGUCAGCUUUGGGCCAAAGUGGGUUUAUAGACCCAGAUGAGCGAGAUGGGGGUGAAGCUGGAGGUGUUUCGGAUGACACUCUACCUCACUUUCCCUGUGGCUAUGUUCUGGAUUUCCAAUCAGGCUGAGUGGUUUGAGGACUAUGUCAUACAGCGCAAGAGGGAGCUGUGGCCACCUGAGAAGGAGAGCCAGCGUCAAGAGCUAGAAGAAUUCAAAGAGAGGAUACGCAAGCAGCGGGAGGAGAAACUCCUUCGAGCUGCCCAGCAGAGCUCCUGAGGCCU